AAGUUGGCUGAUUGGUUUAAAAGUAUUACUGACUCCAACCAAUAGUCAACAGGCAGAGGGUUUGAAAUAUUGAGAACUGCAGAGCAGAAGCUUCGUCUUUCCUUCCCACCUACUAAGUAAAAUUCCACAGCUGAAGGAAAUGAGCGGCAGAGGCAAAACCGGCGGCAAAGCGAGAGCUAAGGCCAAGACUCGCUCCUCUAGAGCGGGACUUCAGUUCCCCGUGGGUCGCGUCCACAGGCUCCUCCGUAAAGGCAACUAUGCGCACCGUGUGGGUGCUGGCGCCCCAGUGUAUCUGGCCGCCGUGCUCGAGUAUCUGACCGCUGAGAUCCUCGAGUUGGCCGGAAACGCCGCUCGUGACAAUAAGAAGACUCGCAUCAUCCCCCGUCACCUGCAGCUGGCGGUGCGCAACGACGAGGAGCUGAACAAACUUCUGGGCAGAGUGACCAUCGCUCAGGGCGGCGUUCUGCCCAACAUCCAGGCCGUGCUGUUGCCAAAGAAGACCGAUAAGCCCGCCAAGACCAAGUAA